AUGGAACAGUCACCUCCUUCUUCGAAGUAUGUUUUCCUCGAUCGGGGAAGACAAGCAAGUCGGAGUGCCUUCGACCCUUCCCCGUGGGCGAGGGGCCUCUCACCCGAAGAUGUAGGGAAUCUAUCUCCGGAGCAUGGGCGCCUGUCCGCGUGUGACACAGGGAUGGAAGAUUGGAAGCGCUGGGGUCCCUAUGUCAGCGAGCGGCAUUGGGGUACCUGUCGCGAAGACUACGCUUCGCACGGCAACAGUUGGAUCUAUUUGCCCUUCGAG